AUGGCUACCCCUAGUGUCCUCGCUUCUGACGCUGAGGGUCGGGCCAUUGACUUUGACGUCUGGGUAGAUGACCUGCAGCUUUUCCUACAGUACGAUAGGGCAGACAGUCUCUCCCUCUUUGACCUCACCUCUGGUGCCUCUCCUGCCCCUGCUGCUGAUGCCGACGCCACUGUUCGCUCACAGUGGGCCACACGCGAUGCUGCUGCACGUCUUGCUGUGCGUCGCCACCUACCUACCUCUGAGCGUGCGCACUUUAGCCAGUACAAGAGUGCUCAGACCUUGUACGACGCUGUAGUUGCCCGCUACUCCUCCCCUGCCACUGCUGCACUGAGCCGCCUCAUGCUACCGUACCUCUUCCCUGACCUUGCUGCCUUUCCCACAGUGGCUGACCUCAUUACGCACCUCCGCACUAGUGACACUCGCUACCACGCUGCGCUUCCUGCUGAGGACCACUUCCUCUCAGUUUGCCCCACCACUCUCACCGUUGACCUCCUCGAGAAGGCCCUCCUAGCAGCAGAGAAGAGCAUAGUCGCUGUAGGAGCCUCUCGUGGUGACCCUCGCACCCCCCUUUUUGAGGGGUGUUCCCCCUCCCCCCUUUUGCCCUCUGUUGCCUCUACUGCUGCGGCCGACCUCGUUGGUUUCAAGUCGGUUGGCGCUGCGUCUGCCCGAGCGGGAGACGCCACACCGGCAAGGGCAAAGGGGGUAAGGGUGCUGGAGGGGCUCGCGUGGGUGGCGGAGGUGGCGGUGGAGGCAGUGGAGGGGGUGGGGGUGGUGGUGGGAGUGGUGGCGGGGGUGGAGGUGUCGGUGGCGGCAGUGGAGGCCGCGGCGGCGGUGGCGGUGGGAGCGGAGGUGGCGGCGGUGAAGGAGGCGGCGGCGGAGGAGGUGGUCAGCGCCAGCAGAAGCAGUAGCAGCAGCGCACUCGUGACAUCCCCCCCCCUCAGCAGAUCCAUCAGUGGUACGCUGCACGCCAGCGGGGUGGGAGUACUGGUCCGUGCACCUACGUCCUACGCACCGGCGACUGGGCGGGUGAGCAGUGCGGCGGUGCGCACUCCACCCAGCGCUGCUUUGGCCGCCUUACGGACGCUUGGCACCACCAGUUCCCUGAGGCCACUGAGAUCCCUCGCUGGGGCGAGCUGUCUAGGGCGGGAGUAG